AUGAGUAAAGCAACAACUAUGGAUAAGAAAAGUGAUUCUGGUCCACUUUAUCGAAUUCCUCCUUAUUAUUAUAUUCAUGUUUUGGAUCAAAAUACAAAUGUUACGAGACUUGAAAUUGGUCCCAAAACAUUUAUUAAACAAGACAAUGAAACAGUCACCAUCGGACCAGAAAAAAUGAUUACAGUACCGCCCCGUCAUUACUGUGUUAUUGAAUCACCUGUAGUACGCAAUGAUGCUGGCGCAGUUAUUUUCGAUAGCAAUGGACAAGCGAAACUUGUUCAUGCUGACUUGGAAAUUCGUCUUUCACAACCUGAUCAAUCACCUUUUCCUCUCUAUCCCGGUGAAAUUCUUCGUCAACCUGUUACUCCAUUAAAAGUUGUUCCUGCUAAUUCAGCGUUACGCUUAAAAGCUGUCCUAGAUUUUCAAGAUGAAACAGCAGGCGAACAACGUCGGGCUGGAGAUGAAUGGUUAUUUGAAGGGCCAGCUACUUAUAUUCCUCGUAAAGAAGUUAGCGUUGAAGAACAAAUUCGUGCUACAGUUAUCUCGUCUAAUCAAGCUAUAAGGCUUUGCGCAAAAAAAGAAAUCGUUGAUCGUACAGGCCAACGGCGUGUUACUGGUGAAGAGUGGUUAAUUAAAAAGACCGGUGCAUAUUUACCACUUGCAUAUGAAACUGUGGUUUCAGUAGAAAAUGCUUAUGUAUUAACCGAUAAAAAAGCUCUUCAUCUUUGUGCAUUAAAAACUUUUACCGAUGAAUUCGGUAAAGAACGUAUGAAUGGUGAAGAAUGGCUUGUAACACUUGCUGACACUGAAACACACAUUCUUAGUGUCUAUGAACAAUUAGUUUCUGUUGUUAAUGUAGUAACAUUGACAUCACGUCAAUAUUGUGUUAUAAUCGAUCCAGUUGCUGAUGGAAAACCACAAUUAGGGAAAAAAGCAAGUGAAGAUGAAGGUGUUAUUCUAAAAUGUAUUGAAGCAUUUAAAGAUACGCAAGCUAAUGUUAAUCGAAAUCCCGGUGAUCGUUGGAUGAUUCGUGGUCCAACUGAAUAUAUUCCUCCAACACAAGUUGAAGUUGUUACACGUCGAAAAGCUUUGCCAUUGGAUGCCAAUGAAGGUAUCUAUGUUCGUGAUAUCAAAACUGGUUGUGUCCGCGCCGUCAUUGGUGAAACUUAUAUGUUAACACAAGAUGAAGAAUUAUGGCAAAAAGAAUUACCUAAGAAAGUUGAAGAACUAUUGUCUCGUGAUGCUUUAAGUGAACGAAAUGUUCUCACACGAAGUCAAACAUCAGAUAAAAAUCAAUCUCAACAACAAGCAGCAACAACAGCAACAAGUUCAAACGUAAAUGCUGCCAAACGUGACAAAUCAAAACUAGUUACCUAUCGUGUACCACACAAUGCCGCUGUACAAAUUUAUGAUUAUAAAGCUAAGAAAGCACGUAUUAUAUUUGGCCCUGAACUUGUUAUGCUUGGACCCGAUGAGCAUUUUACAUUACUUUCAUUGAGUGGCAGUGUACCAAAAAAACCAAAUCAAAUUCAAACACUUUGCUUACUUCUUGGACCAGAUUUUUUUACUGAUGUGAUUGUUAUUGAAACUGCUGAUCAUGCUCGUCUUUCACUUCAACUUUCAUACAAUUGGCAUUUUGAAAUAUCAGAUAUUGAUGACGACAAAGAAGCAUCCAAACUUUUUUCUGUACCAGAUUUUGUUGGUGAUGCAGCUAAAGCUAUAGCUUCACGUGUUCGUGGUGCUGUUGCUGGUACACAAUUUGAUGAUUUUCAUAAGAAUUCAGCUCAAAUUAUUCGUACGUCUGUAUUUGGUCUUGAUGCAAAUCAAAAAAUACGAGAUAACUUUAUUUUUCCACAAAACAAUCUUGUCAUUACAUCGAUUGAUAUUCAAAGUGUUGAACCAGUUGAUCAACGAACGCGAGAUGCUCUUCAGAAGAGUGUUCAAUUAGCCAUUGAAAUUACAACAAAUUCACAAGAAGCUGCUGCUAAGCAUGAAGCUUCGCGUCGAGAACAAGAAGCAAAAGGUUUACUAGAACGUCAACGUAUUAAAGAUGAUGCUGAAGCUGAAGAGGUUCGAAAACAACUUCUCCUGUUACAAGCUGAAUCAUCGGCUGUUGAAGUCACAGGUCAAGCUAAAGCCGAAGCACAAAGUCGAGCCGAAUCUGCUCUCAUUGAAGGACGAGCGUCUGUUGAACAAGCUCGUCUCAGGGCUGACGCUGCGCGAAUUGAAGCCGAAGCUGAAAUAUCACGUUUAAAAUUGGCACGAGAAGCUGAAAUUAACUAUUUACGUGAACAGAAUGAAUUAGAAAUUACUAAAAAAGCUGAAAUGUCACGUAUUGAAACCGACAAAUUCAAAUUACAAAUUGAAUCAAUCGGUGCAUCAACAAUACAAGCCAUUGCAACUUCAGGUCCAGAUACACAAGUUAAACUUUUGCAAGCCCUCGGUCUUCAGUCCAUGUUGGUUACUGAUGGCCAUUCACCUAUCAAUCUAAUGGGUUUUGGGCAAGGACUUUUAGGUGGUUUAAAUGCAAAUACAAUUAGUAAUGCGGGUGGAGCACCUAAUUAA